AUGAGAGUUAGCAUUACAACUAAUAAAUCCAUGAUUUUCCACGAUUAUGACAAGGUCGUCCACUUUGUCACUUUUAUGGUGGAAACUGUACUAUUUAUGUCGAUAUUUGAAACAGAGAGCAGACACACCGUUGCCAUUACAUUUUAUAUGGACGAAAUGCAAAGAAAGAAGUACGAGGUCAAUUUAUAUCAUUUAGCUAUCGUUGUUUGUUGUAUCUUGGCCGGUAUUGGUAGUGAAUUCAUGCAAAAAAUUGCUACGAAUGGACAGAGAGUGUUCGAUAUCAAGGACAUUAUCUGUAACGUGCUGGGAAGCUUUAUGGGUAUGUUCAUUGUGUACUAUUACAAGAUAUAG